AAUAAUAAUAAAAAAAAAAAAUCUUCCCUCUAUGCGACAGGACAAGUGUACAAUCAAAAUACAGCAGAGGGAAUCUCCUCUAUUUGGAUCGCCCACUUCACGUUCAAGAAUCUCCUACAACCGAACUGCUGGGCAUUGUACAUUUUACCGUAUUGUUGUUGUAAAUGGGUGAAGGAGAAGAGAAAUGGUGUGUGGUGACUGGUGGAAGAGGCUUUGCUGCUCGGCAUUUAGUGGAAAUGCUGAUUCGUUAUGAAAUCUAUCAUGUCCGCAUUGCCGAUUUGGGUCCGUCCAUUAAACUUGAGCCUGCUGAGGAAAAGGGUAUACUUGGUCAAGCCCUCCAAUCAGGCCGUGCUGUGUAUGUAUCCAUGGAUCUUCGUAACAAAUCCCAAGUCCUCAAAGCUUGUGAAGGAGCUGAGGUUGUCUUCCACAUGGCUGCUCCAGAUUCAUCAAUCAACAACCACCAGCUCCACUAUUCAGUUAAUGUGCAAGGAACCCAGAAUAUAAUUGAUGCUUGCAUUGAGCUGAAAGUGAAAAGACUUAUUUACACCAGCUCUCCCAGUGUGGUGUUUGAUGGAGUUCAUGGAAUUCUAAAUGGGGAUGAAUCACUGCCAUAUCCUGCUAAGCAUAAUGAUUUCUACUCUGCAACCAAAGCUGAAGGAGAGGCACUUGUUAUCAAGUCAAAUGGUACCAAAGGGCUGCUGACAUGCUGCAUUAGACCUAGCAGUCUUUUUGGCCCUGGUGAUAGGCUGCUCGUCCCUUCACUAGUUGCAGCUGCAAAGGCAGGAAAAUCGAAGUUCAUUAUUGGUGAUGGCAACAACAUGUAUGAUUUCACUUACGUGGAGAAUGUAGCACAUGCUCAUGUGUGUGCAGAACGAGCUCUAGCAUCAGGAGGAGCAGCUGCAGAGAAAGCUGCUGGGAAUGCAUAUUUUGUCACAAACAUGGAGCCCAUUAAGUUUUGGGAGUUUGUCUCGCUUAUUCUUGAAGGUCUUGGCUAUGACAGGCCAAGUAUCAAGAUUCCUGCAUCUGUUAUGAUGCCAAUUGCGCAUUUGGUGGAGCUGACUUAUAAGCUGUUAGCUCCUUACGGAAUGAAGGUUCCACAGUUGACUCCUUCAAGAAUCAGACUCCUGUCCCGUAGCAGAACAUUUAGUUGUUCAAAAGCAAGUGAUCGAAUAGGAUACGCACCUAUUGUCCCACUUCAGGAGGGCCUUAGGAGGACACUUGAGUCCUAUCCACAUUUGAGAGCUGAACACGGGCCAGGAAAGGAAGGUCCUUCUAAAUCAUCUGCAUCUCUUUGGAUGUUCUUCCUCAUGGUGGUUUUCUCUCUAUUAAUUCUAAGCAUCCUCGGCACCAUUUCACCAUGGAUUUUGUUCGGCAUAGGAAUCGCAGCUGCCUUUGUUGUGUUCUUUAUAUGUGACAAAAGGAAGAAGAAAUAGAUCAUUUCAUUCAAUCAUUUACCUGCAAAUUUUAGUCUGGUAUUUCUGGGAGAACUUUCAACUUUUAAGGAAAACCAAUAACGGGCCAUACUGCAAGGGCGCACGACGUCAUUCACUCAUUGGAGCUUCACUUACCUUGAGAGAAGGUUUCUUAGGCAUGUUUCUGAGUUCAUGGAUUUUGUUUACAUCCUUGACUGCUAUAUAGCAAUGUGCUUGUUCCAAGCCACUUUUUCUGUCUGAUCCAAUGAUGCCCCUGCGGUAUACAAUUCGCCCACGUUCCCCUUGUUUCCUCUAAUCAUCUUUGUUUUGUUUUCUUGCCAAUAUUGUUUGUUUAGUACAUUUAGCCUUGUUGUAUUGGCAAUAUUGUUUGUUAGGUACAAUUGAAAAGAGUGCUAACUAAAAGUUCUUAAAACCUU